CCUCCGCCUGCUCCGAGCCCCCCGGAGCCCGAGCGCCGCGAAGGGGCGCCGCCGGCCCCUCCCCGGCGCGCUGACAGCAGGAUCUGGUCCCCCGCCCCGUGCCCUCGCUGGCGGGACACACCCCCGGCCCUCCUCUGCUCCGCCAGUUCCCGCCGGACCCACCGGGCGGCGGAGAGAGCAGGCGGGCGGGCGAGCAGGAGCCGGGCGGCUGCAGCGGCGACGCGGGAGGGAAGGGGCGCAAGGCAGGCCCACGGGGAGCCUCCCGAGACGCACGGARCCCUCGUGCCCUCCGGGACCGUCGCCUGACCCGGGCCGUGCCCGUGGGCACAGGAAGCCCGGGCAGCGAUCGGCGCGCCGGGCCGGUGUGGCGGGUGGCGGCAGGGACCCGGGCUGCAGGAGCCGGAGCAGGGCCGGGAUGAGAAGGUGACGCCGCCGGGGGGCGCCACUCGCUUUGUGGGGAAGAUGCUCGCCUACUGCGUGCAAGAUGCCACCGUGGUGGACGUGGAGAAGCGGAGGAACCCCUCCAAGCAUUAUGUAUACAUUAUCAACGUGACCUGGUCCGACUCUACCUCCCAGACCAUCUACCGGAGGUACAGCAAGUUCUUUGAUCUGCAGAUGCAGCUUCUGGAUAAAUUCCCCAUAGAAGGUGGCCAGAAGGACCCCAAGCAAAGGAUCAUACCCUUCCUCCCAGGCAAGAUCCUCUUCCGGAGAAGCCACAUCCGGGAUGUAGCUGUGAAGAGGCUGAAGCCCAUCGACGAAUACUGCCGGGCACUGGUCCGGCUCCCUCCCCACAUUUCACAGUGUGAUGAAGUCUUUCGUUUCUUCGAGGCCCGACCUGAGGAUGUCAACCCCCCAAAAGAAGAUUAUGGCAGUUCCAAGAGGAAGUCAGUGUGGCUGUCCAGCUGGGCUGAGUCUCCCAAGAAGGACGUGACAGGUGCCGACACCAACGCCGAGCCCAUGAUCCUGGAACAGUACGUGGUGGUGUCCAACUAUAAGAAGCAAGAGAACUCAGAGCUGAGCCUCCAGGCCGGGGAGGUGGUGGAUGUCAUCGAGAAGAACGAGAGCGGAUGGUGGUUUGUUAGCACCUCGGAGGAGCAGGGCUGGGUCCCUGCCACCUACCUAGAGGCCCAGAAUGGGACCCGGGAUGACUCAGACAUCAACACCUCCAAGACCGGGGAAGUGUCCAAGAGACGCAAGGCCCAUCUGCGGCGCCUGGAUCGCCGGUGGACCCUGGGCGGGAUGGUCAACAGGCAGCACAGCCGAGAAGAGAAGUAUGUCACCGUUCAACCUUAUGUCAGCCAAAGCAAGGACGAGAUUGGCUUUGAGAAGGGUGUCACCGUGGAGGUGAUCCGGAAGAAUUUGGAGGGCUGGUGGUAUAUCAGAUACCUGGGCAAAGAGGGCUGGGCACCGGCAUCCUACCUAAAGAAGGCCAAGGAUGACCUGCCAACCCGGAAAAAGAAUCUGGCGGGCCCGGUGGAGAUCAUUGGGAACAUCAUGGAGAUCAGCAACCUGUUAAACAAGAAGACGUCUGGGGACAAGGAGACUCCACCAACUGAAGGCGAAGGCUCUGAGGCCCCCAUUGCCAAGAAGGAGAUAAGCUUGCCCAUCCUGUGCAAUGCUUCCAAUGGCAGUGCCCUCGGUGUCCCUGAGAGGACCGUCUCCAAACUGGCCCAGGGCUCUCCAGCUGUGGCCAGGAUUGCCCCUCAGAGGGCCCAGAUCAGCUCCCCAAACCUAAGGACAAGACCUCCACCACGCCGAGAAUCCAGCUUGGGGUUCCAGCUGCCGAAGCCACCAGAGCCCCCUUCUGUCGAGGUGGAGUACUACACCAUUGCCGAGUUCCAAUCGUGCAUCUCUGACGGGAUCAGCUUCCGUGGUGGACAGAAGGCAGAGGUCAUCGACAAGAACUCAGGCGGCUGGUGGUACGUGCAGAUCGGUGAGAAGGAGGGCUGGGCCCCCGCGUCCUACAUCGAUAAGCGCAAGAAGCCCAACCUGAGCCGCCGCACGAGCACAUUGACACGGCCCAAGGUCCCGCCGCCAGCACCCCCCAGCAAGCCCAAGGAGACCGAGGAGGGUCCCGUGGGUACCAACGAGAGCCAGGAUUCCCCACUGAAGCUCAAGUACGAGGAGCCCGAGUAUGACAUCCCCGCCUUUGGCUUUGACUCCGAGCCGGAGCUGAAUGAGGAGCCCACAGAGGACAGAGGCUCCGGAGACCGGAAGCCUGCCCAGCCCCGUAGACCCUCACCUGCCUCCUCCCUGCAGCGGGCCCGCUUCAAGGUGGGCGAGUCUUCAGAAGAUGUGGCCCUGGAAGAGGAGACCAUCUAUGAGAAUGAGGGCUUCCGGCCAUAUGCAGAGGACACCCUGUCGACCAGAGGCUCCUCUGGGGACAGUGACUCCCCAGGUGGCUCCUCACUGUCCCUUGCCAGGAAAAACUCGCCCAAGUCGGGCUCCCCAAAGUCAUCGUCGCUCCUAAAGCUCAAGGCAGAGAAGAACGCCCAGGCAGAACUGGGGAAGAACCACUCCUCGGCCUCUUUUUCCUCGUCCAUCACCAUCAACACCACCUGCUCCUCCUCUUCCUCCUCUUCCUCCUCCCUGUCAAAGAACAGUGGUGACCUGAAGCCCCGCUCUGCCUCGGACGCAGGCAUCCGUGGCACUCCCAAGGUCGGGGCCAAGAAGGACACUGAUACGAGGGCUGGGCUGACCUCCUGUGCCCGGGCCAAGCCAUCUGUCCGGCCUAAGCCCUUCCUGAACCGGGCAGAGUCACAGAGUCAAGAGAAGAUGGACAUCAGCACUUUACGACGCCAACUGAGACCCACAGGCCAGCUCCGGGGGGGCCUCAAGGGCUCAAGGAGUGAGGAUUCAGAGCUGCCCCCACACACAGCCUCCGAGGGGCCCAGUGAGGGGGCCAGGAGAGGCUCAGCCGACAUCAUCACCCUCCCGGCCACUGCUCUCCCGUGUACCCCCAAGAAGGAGUGGGAAGGGCCAGCCACCUCCUACGUGACAUGUAGCGCCUACCAGAAGGUCCAGGACUCGGAGAUCAGUUUCCCUGCCGGCGUGGAGGUGCAGGUGCUGGAGAAGCAGGAGAGUGGCUGGUGGUAUGUGAGGUUUGGGGAGCUGGAGGGCUGGGCCCCUUCCCACUACCUGGUGCCYGAUGAGAACGAGCAGCCCAACACCCCUGGCAAAGAGCAGGAUGUGCUAAAGAGCAAGCAGAAUGAGGGCAAGUCAGACAGCCUGGAGAAGAUCGAGAGGCGGGUGCAGGCGCUCAACACCGUCAACCAGAGCAAGAGGGCCACACCGCCUAUCCCCUCUAAGCCCCCUGGAGGCUUUGGCAAGACAUCAGGUGCUGUGGCGGUGAAGAUGAGAAACGGUGUGCGACAGGUAGCAGUCAGGCCCCAGUCGGUGUUUGUGUCCCCACCACCCAAAGACAACAACCUAUCCUGCGCCCUGCGGAGGAACGAGUCACUCACAGCCACCGACAGCCUGAGAGGCGUCCGCAGGAACUCCUCCUUCAGCACAGCACGCCCAGCGGCCGCGGAGGCCAAGGGUCGCCUGGUGGAGCGGGCUGCCAGCCAGGGCUCCGACUCACCCCUGCUGCCCACACAGCGCAAUGGCAUCCCUGUGUCCCCUGUGCGCCCCAAGCCCAUCGAGAGGUCCCAGUUCAUCCACAAUAACCUCAAAGAUGUGUACAUCUCUAUUGCAGACUAUGAGGGGGACGAGGAGACCGCAGGCUUCCAGGAGGGGGUGUCCAUGGAGGUACUGGAGAGGAACCCCAAUGGCUGGUGGUACUGCCAGAUCCUGGAUGACGUGAAGCCCUUCAAAGGCUGGGUGCCCUCCAACUACCUGGAGAAAAAGAACUAACCGAGRUUGUGCAGUCACUCCAGCCUCUGUGCCACUGUACCCGCCACUGGAUGAGYAGUGACAUGCAGACCAAAGGGGAAGGACAAAAUGGGAGGGGUGGGGGAAGAACGACAUUAAGCCCUGCAGAUGUGGGACCUGAAAGAUGGCCCGCCUCCCAGCUGUUGCCUGGAAGGGAGGAUACAUUGAAUAGGGGAGGGAAUGACCUGGAACCCAGAGAUGAAAAAGCUGGGACCUACGUGUGCACUUUGGUGACUUCAUUGAUGGACUACAUGUCAUUUGGGACAGGCCAUGUGGGAAACCCCAAUUGUGCCUUUGCUGCAAAUCUGGAAAAGAUGUGGUCAUAGGGGGGCCUCCAGCAUCCUGCCCGUUGGGCUGUUUUGGUGGCUACCAUGUUGCCACCAGAGGUAGCCUUUGUGUUGUCCUUAUCCGUGUUUGUGGAUUGUGCUGUUUCCCAGGGAUUGCCACCACCCACCAUGGCUGGGUGCAUAUGAAGACCCCACAGGCCCUGGGACUUGGAGUUGUCUCCUGAGCUCACGUCUCUCUCGGGGCCAGGCCACUAUCAGUGUCUGGGAGUUAAAGAAAACACAGUUCCCAUGUGCCACAAGAACUACCUUCUUAGCUGUCAUUGCCCUGGCCUUGAGAAGAGAGUCCGCCCUCCUUGGGGUACCCCAUGGAGGACACAGUGCUGGAGUUUAGAGAGGGUAGGGGAAGCCAUCAGGCUCUCCGUCAUCAGCACAGACUACUUGGGUAUUUUUGGGUGAGCAGUUCCUUUGCAUGUUUCGGGAGAGGUUUGUUGACUUGGGGUUUAUAUGUCAGGCCUUUGGUUUGGGUCUUAUUUUAGGGGUUGUUUGGGCACCCUGGGGGGUCAGCCUCAAAUGGGAACAGAAGGGGUGGAGGGUGGGCUUUUCUGUUGUACUCUGUGGAGGGGUGUUUUGUUUCGUAUUUGGCUUCCCAUUCUCCCCUCCAUAAGCCACGUCGUUUCGUUUGGUUUCCACUGUGUGGACUUUGCCUGCGCGGCACUUGCCGGAGGGAUUUGGGGCUGGGUAAGCCCAGGUCCCAGUCUUGGCAAAACAGAGAAACUGUCCUUCUGGUUCCUGCCCAACCUCGGUGGGGCAAAAACCCUCCCCGGGAGGGAGGAAGGUGUUGUUAGGAGCCAGACCUUUGGAGAGAAGGCAGCGCCCAGGCUGCUGGGUGGCUGCCAUUCUGUGUAUGUUCUCCCACUGGGGCAGGGCCGAAAGCCUUACAGAGACUGCGGAGAAGCAGCCGUGGCCCCCACCCUGGGUGGAGGGGACCCCAGCUGGGCCUCCUGGGUCAGACUGGAGCAGACACCACCAGCCACUCCUCUGGCCUACUGGCAAUGCCACAGUUGCUCGCGAAGAAGGAGGACCCUGUGCCUGGAGCCAGUCUGGUCUUCCCGGGGGCAGUGCCCCAGUGAAGAGAGAAGCAAGAGAGUGACAUUUGCUGCAGUCUUCUGUCAACUUUGGGUUGUUUUUCCGUUGUUGAUAUCUCAGAGGGACUCUCCAGAAAGAAGCCCAGCCAGCUUCUCCAAGGACUCACCCUUUGUUGGGAGUGGAUUUCCGCACGUGCCUUUGAUUUCAGACAGACCAGGCUUCACAGCCACUGAAUGAGCUGCCAGAAUCACCAGACUAAGGGCUGUGGUUUCCUACAGAGGAGGGAAGCCCUGCCCUCACCUGCUCCCCCGAGCAGGCCUUCACCCUCUCCCCCCACCUCCAGGAUCCCCGAGGCCUUGCCUGGGAUCCCCGAGCCCUCGCCCCUCGCCACACACUGAUCCUGGCAGCUGUAGCCAACUGCUCGCGUUCUUUGUCAGAGGGCCGCGGUGAGACUGUUUUGUUUCCUUUUGUUUUGUUCGUGAGUUUGUUUAAAAUCAAAAUUAGAUAUUUUCUUCUGCUGGACAGUAUUAAAUCGAGCAGGAUGUUGAGUUAAUCUGCUAGAUUGCAGUACUAAUGGUAGUGGAUUAGUGUCUUCAUAUUAAUAUUAUUUUUACUUAUUUGAACAAUAAUGAUAAAGAAGUGGUUCAUUAUUUUUUAAUUAAUGCACUUUAAGGUGGAAUGGAAAGAAACCCAGAGAGCAAAGUGCAUUACUUAAAGAUGCAGUAUAUACUUUUCUCAUUUUUAAACAGCACAUAUUUAUUAAAAGAAAAAAAAGUAAUUUAUGAUUAUUUAAAAUAAAAUUUAAAAGUAGAGUGUCUGUCGGGUUAAAGGACCUUCCACAUAGCUGCCUUCCUGGGGAGGGCCCGUGGCCUCGCUCCACAGAUGUCCGCUCUGAGCCAGUUGAAUCACUAGCACACCACCGGCCAGGCCCGGAGGGAGCACAGCACAUGGUGGCUGCCAAGUACAGAGCAUCUCAGUUGGACUGGACCAACCACAGUGCUCCCCAGAGCCUGCCUCCCCUGCCCCACGUGUGCAUCUGCCCCGUCAGGCUCUCUACCACCCACCAGUCCCCCAGCCCCUCAAGGACCCCCUCUCCUUGAUUGCCAGUGCCCUGAAGCCAGAGAGUCAUUAAAAAGCAGGGCUGGAAGGGACCCUGGAGGUCGCUCCAUCCCACCCCUUCCUGUUACUGCAGCCCAAGGACAGGAAGUGACUUUCUCAAAAUCACACAGCUAGUUAAUGGCAGACGCCCCACUGCAUUAAUCCUGUGUCCUUCCCGCCCCCAUUAUAGCUUAUUCUGUGGUCGUCAUGUUUACAUUGUGACAUCCAGCCCCAAGGAUGGCUGGGAGUUGCUCAGGCAUCCAGGAAAAGUGGGAAAUGCUGCCACCUGGUGACAUCACGUAGAUUUGGGCAGUGAACAGGGAUCGCCACGCCCUCGUCUAGACCCCACUCCUGACCCCUCCCCUUCAGCCCCUGCCUCCCAGCACAGCAGAAGCCCUGCAACCCAAAGGAUAUUAAUACUUGAAGUAAGAAGGGUGCAUGCCAGUCCUUCUCAGAUAUGGCCAGGGGGUGCCAAGCCUUGUGCCCCUGGACUCCUAGCCCUACCCUGGGCAAGAGGGCCUUUCCCUAGAGCUACUGAGCUGCUUUGUGACAUUGGAGGAAACUGCCAGCAGCAGCGGAGGAGGGAGGGGGCCUGGGGUUCUGACCCACCAGGAGGAAAACCAGAUCGGACUAAAAGGAAAGAAAAAUGAAAUCUCAGCAGUGUCCAAACCUAGUUUUCCAUUAGUUGCAAUUGAAAAUGUGAAAUGACAUUGUAUUGCUGUAUACUGCAACUUUAACCAUAAUGAGCCCUUCUGCGGUCAUUAUUGAGGUUUAUAUAAUGCCCGAAGUUGCAUCCUUUGGUGCUUUGUUUUUCUAUUCAGUUUAAAGACCUUUUUCUUUUAUUACAAGGGAAAAAAAAUACGUCUUCAUCUCUCUCCCACCUUGUCCUUCUUUGUCUCGGCAGGCCUGGCAUGUUGCCUGGCUCCUCUGUGCUCAAGAGGAAGCUGGAAAGGGGCACCCCUGAGCAGCAGGUGUGCGGUCUGCCUUGGGGUUCCUCUCCACCCAGCGGGCUUUGUUUGCCAGGCUUCAGCCUGUCCAAUCCCCGCCUGGCUCCAAAGAUUUCUCUCUUCCUCUCUUCUCCAUCUUGACGAAGGCAUUAUAUAGAAUCGUUGUAAUCACUUUCAGAUGUUAGAGCAGCAUAUUUUACUGGCAUUUGUAUCCAUCGCUUUCCUCAGUAAGGCAUGUUACUACUUUCAUCAUCUUAAGGAAAAAAGACAAGGGAAUUUCGAUCCAACGUUAUUUUCAUAUUACUAGUACUUGCAGAGUAGGCGUAGAACUAUUUAAGUUUAGAUUUUGGUUUGGUAGUUUUGUUUUUAAGGGGAAAAAAUGAAAUAGCCCCUACUUUUCCUGUUUUUGUAUUUAACUAAUAUAUUAUUUCUUUAAGGUUACUCACUUCCCCUACCCCUUUCAAAUACUUUGCAUUCUCAAUUGAAAUGAAAACAAUCUGAGAGACAGGAAAAGUGCAAUAUUACCAAGAGGGUUGCCAGGGCUUAUUGGCAUGGUGGAGAAAGACCCCAUGGUCCAGUCUGCAGAAAGUUGGAGGGGGACUGCUGGGAGGAAUCGGAACUGUGGAACUGACAGGUGGGCUUUGGGGUUUGAUGUUUUAGCCYUCUCCCUCUCCUGCUUCCCUGGCAAGAUGGUAGGGGGUCCCCACCAGAGGGCAACCCCUGUUACUAUUGGGUAUCAUCCACCCGGAAGAAAGGGAUUCAGGGAAGAGGCGUGGGGGCUCUUGACCUCCUGGGCCCAGUCUCCAGAGCAGAGUGAGGACAUCCAGGGACUGUUCCUUGUUUUCAUUUCCAUUGUUUCCAGCCAGCUGCUCAGAGAGACCUGUCCUAAAAAUGCCUCCCAGCAGCCCUCUACCCCAUUCCCCCUGCCCCCAGUCUCCUGAUGUUUGGGCUGUGAUCCUUUUGAUGUAUGUCUGAAUCUUUCUAAAACUAUGAAACCUCAGUUCAGUUUAUGGGCAGGAAACCUAGAUGUAACCAAACCCAUCUGGAGGGUGUGGGCACCGAGGCCUACCCCAGGGAGAUGGAAUUCCCGCAGACCUGCAGCAGGGCCCAGCACUGAGCCCAGCUGCCCAUUCAUCUCAGCGACUUCAGCCUGAGCAGCAAGCCCUGCCUGUGCUCCAYACCCAGACAGUCUGCGGGAGUUCUCGGAGAAGACUCAGAGGGGUCUACUUAGGUCUCUGCAGACAGAUGCCCCCACAACAGGCACCAAGCCAGAUGCCUCCUUUCUUGGUGCUGAUAGAGAAAGUGGCAGGCUGGGAAGUCUCCUGGGGUCCAGACCAGGAACUCUGCCCCUCAGGGCAGCAGGCAUGCCCUUGCUGGUUUGUCCCCUCCACCUCCAGUACUGUACGUUUGCUGCUCCAACCCCAUAUUUGGUGAAUUUCUGUACAGACAUGGAUCUCUGUGCCCAGAGUAGGACUCAAGCCCCUGUGUGAGUCUCCCUUGGAAUGACACAUCCACAUAGCCAAUCAUCUUUGAGAAUCUUGAUGCAGAGCUCUCUAGAAAGAGAACUGUCCACAUCGCUAAAAAAUUACGAUUYCCUCACUUUUUUGAGGGUUGUGAGUUGAGUGUGUGUGCACACAUGUGUGCAUGCAUGUGUGCGUGUGCGUGUUGGUAAUUUCCCGCUUGAACUAAUAACAUGGGGUUAGAGAAAAAGAAAGAAAGAAAGAAAAAAAAAAAAACACCGGGCAAGCUGUCUCCACUGAAAAGUCCUUGGCAUUGGGCAGGUCCCAAGGGACUCGCAGCUUCUGGCAUCAAGUCUGUGUGUCAUUCAUACACACAAUUUUUGGCUGGAGAGUGCAAUGUGUCUUUUUUUUUUUUUUUUUGUAAUAAUAUUAUUAUUUAGUUGGAAACUUCACACUGGCGUUAUCAGGUCUAGCAGAAGCAGCCUAGGCCAUCGUCCCAGGCUCCAAAUGAAGAUGUGGAAAAGAGAUACCACUGGGUGUGGAAGUGUUGAGGUGGUUCCAUUAGGUCACCGACCUGCAGACGAGAGUCACCUUACAGGCUCCCACCUCUCACCCUGUGAGUCAUCAGUCUGAGAUUCCCUGAGACAAGCACUGCUGACCCUUUGGUUCUCAUUUCUGAGGGCAGGCAGAGUGGGCGGGGUGAGAACUGAUYCUCAGUGUGCACAGCAAGACCUGCGCAUGCGGACACCGGCUGAAUAUGUCAGGAAAGUAGCGUGGAGGGCUCCCCUGGACCUGACCGAGCUUUUUGGCUAAAUCUCCUCACUGAGGCUGUGCCAUAUUUCUCUGUGGUUCCCAAGCUCCACGAUCAGAGCCAGUGAGAGGACAGGGUCAGUAACUUACAGCCUUAGGGGAAAGAGCCCCAAGUUUUAACUUCUCUCCAGCUUUGUCCUACAUGCCUGGAAUCCCCAGGCCACAAGGCCCAGGAUGGUGCUUAUAGACUGGGUCAAGGGCUUCACCUUCCAAGGCCUUGAUCCCAACCUACCUGUAAGGCCAGGAUUCGCAUGCAGUCCUCGCUCCCCUAUUCCAUCUAAAUCUCAUGUUUGCACUUGACAAUCAGCACCCUCUCCCUUCCCAGUCCUAAAACUGAGUGGCCUUUGAGAGUGGGGUCCCCUGUGCUGGAGGCCCCUGCCUUGCUCCCAGAUCCACCCUGGCCCAUGGGCUAGGCCUCAAGAGGUGUGUGUGAGAGAAAAGUGAUUCAGGGCAAAAGGGUUGAUUGAGCACGUUGAAGCCAGUGAGAGGCACGUUGGCAAGAGUGUGUGCACGUUUGGGGUGGCUGGGACUUCCCGUCCCUUCACCAGGAAGGAAGCUUCCAAAAGAGGAUAUCUUCCAGACAGAAGAAGGUGUAGGAGGGCUGAAAGAGGGCUCGGAGGUUUGUUUUUGUCUUUAUUUAUUAGAAAUGAGGAAGAGGUGGAUGGUGAGUGUUUCAGGAAGAAAAGAGAAAGCAGGUAGACAGGAAGCUUCAUGAUCCAACACACAAGGGUCCAGUCAGAGCUGGAGGUGGGACAGUCUUCGAAACCUAGCCAUAGAAGAAGCUGGCCAAAGGAAACUACCAUUCACUGGGUCACAAGCUGGGUCUCAGGGAAUGGUUACUGAUCGACUUCAUGGGGAAGGGGUGCUGCAAGCUGUUUCCAGGARAGUUACUUUCAUUUCCCAGGUUCCCUUCUGAGUCUGUCCACUACCCUUUGCCUAUUCCAGAGCCAGUCUCAAACUUUACAAAUCAGAACAGUGACCAUGACAGGCCAUGCAAUAGGGAUCUGCCAUCCCAAACUGGACUCCACCUGGGAGGAAGGUGGCCUCACUCAUCUUUCUGUUGAUACCAGUUGUUCCAAAGGCACUCUGUUGGACACCGGGGGUGGUUCCAUUUGCAGAGUUGGCCUCCCUGGUAUGAAGUAGACCAGGUGAGAUACACACCCACCCGUGGAUAUGUGCUCUUCCAUUUUUUAGUGGCUUCUAACUAGGGCACACUGUUCUUAGAGUUUAUUCCAUUCUUGCAUUUACAGCUGUUCUCUGCAGUAGGUUUUCUUUAAAUSCAGGCUGCCAGAUGGGGAAUGGGUAUCCCUGCCAGGUACCGACAGGUCUACAGGAAGGURACUUCUCAGCAUGACAGAGUGGCCAUCCCGGAACCAGGGUCUGAAGYGAAAUGGUGGGUGUCACUGGGCUCCAGAAUUGCAAGGAACUCCUAGUGGUGUCUACUCACCCCACCCAGCCCUUAGUGGGCUCUUAGUGGGAGAAGCCCGUCCUCUGGGUUUUUCCCUCUUCCGCCUCAGCAGAGAAGCUGGAGAGAAGGGCAGUAAGUGCAGUGYCGUCAGGGUGGGUGCAGAUCAUCCCAGGAUCCAUGGUGGUGCUAAACUAUCUCCAUGUUUCUGAUAUUUUUAAUAGUGAAGUUUUUUUUUUAUCUCAUCACAAAAAUGCAGUGUCCUUGGGGAAGGGACUCAGCCCCUUGGCCUGCCACUUUCCAGGUGUCCUUUAUCACUUUGACGGGACUCUUCGGUCUGCAGAGAUGCUGUCUUGGCAUGCUUCUAGACUGUAAGAUUUGGGUUGUUUUGUUUU